AGUAUCGAUAAUGUUCAUUUUAAGACGGAUUUGUAGAAAAAUUACACUUAGGCUCAAAGCAAAAGUUUUGACGUUACUUAUAGUGGGCACCAUUCUGAUAGCACAUUUCUUUCUUCUUGAUCGAAUAGGACAGUUUGAACAAUCAGAAAGCCGAGAUGACACAAACAAGCGUGCUGCUAACAUCGGUAAGUGACAAUGAACUCUAAAUUGCAAAUUCCCAUAGCCAGAUACAAGCUUAUCAUUGCAAAAUUCGUCGCCGAAUAAAAUUCAGGCAGUUUCGCAGCCGUACGCCUUCACAAAAUCAUUUACUCACUAAACAUGACUGGAAUGUCAUCAGAGAGGAAGACAAAGGCUCUAGAAACACUUCUUUCCUCGGCCAGAAGGUUUCUAAUAUAUCCAAACUUUCAGAACUGAAUAUAACUUCAAAUCUGGAAAAAUUGUUCCUUCAUGAGACCAAUGUGACAAAAAAAUUUGAAACGGGCCGACAGAUUAGGCUGCGAGGACUGAAUUGUUGAGCAAAAAUAAGCUUACAAGUUGCCUCUCAUCAAUUUUUACCUGUUGACAACCACAUGUGCCACAUGUAGGUGAGCCGAUAUGAUGAGUACAUUGCACUUUGGCAAAUCUGUACCUGAAAAUUUUUCAUCUUGUCGACUCAAUGUUACUGUACAAUUAAUUACCGAUCAUACUUCCGAGUAGUCACAAACGUUUCACGUUAGUCAAGAUGAUUUAAUCGAACGGUUGUGAAUAUAUGGAAGUCAUAUAUAUAUUUGAACUGCGGUUAAAGACGUGAAUAUGAAAGCGAUCUUCGCAGUAAUGAACACUACUUAAGUAGUGAUGAAAAGAAGGCCUGAAAAAAAUUCAGGCCUGUACGGGAUUUGACCCAUGACCUAUGCGAUACCGGUGCAGUGCUCUACCAACUGAGCUAACAAGCCAACUGGGAACUGGGAACUGGCCACUGUGUUGGUUCCAAAUAAACCCGUGAAGUGGUGAAUAAACAGUUGUGAAUAUAUGGAAGUCAUAUAUUUGAACUGCGGUUAAAGACGUCAAUAUAAAAGCGAUCUUCGCAGUAAUGAACACUACUUAAGUAGUAGUGAAAAGAAGGCCUGAAAUCUUAAUCGUUCUGUCAAUUUAUUUGUUUCUAACAUUACUUUUGUUAUCUCUUCCAAAAAUAUUGUUUCCAUUCCACUGGUUGCUUUUCUCUAAAAUCAGUUUUUGCAAGCGGUUCAAAAUUUAUGAAAUUCUCAGAAAACAUUGCAUAUUCAAAGCUCCUUGAAAAGUUUUGCCUACAUUCAAAAGUUUGGUCCCAAUUUUCUCAAUUUCGUGAUUUGAAAAAUGGGACCUAACUAACACUUUGCAAUUUAAGAUUUGUCAGUCGGCGGUUAUGUCCGGAAAGCUCCAAAUUUUUCUGUGUCAUUUAAUUAAGAAAAGUCGAUCCGUGUAGUUUGCGUGAGAAGUUUCGAAAGUCAAAAUUUGCACUUUAGCAGAUUCAAUAGCUUUCGAGUUACUAGUCUAUAUUUGCAUCAUGAGAUUAAUUAGCAGGUUUGAAGGUUAAAAUUUUGUGUUGAGAGUUCCGAUCGUGCCGAGCUGUCGUUGUUUCUAAAAUAACAUUACCUCUUGAUAAAGUUUUGUUAUAAAAUCAUCUUAUAUUUCCAAGGGAGGUGCAAUCGAAGUUGCUACCGAGCCACUAUUUUUUGUUCAUCAUCGAUGUUUAGUGUUUAAAAAUAUCGAAAUAUUGUUUCGAUAACUUAAUAUUUUCACAGCACGCAGUGAACCCAUAUAUAUAUAUAUAUAUAUUUCUUAUCAGACACUUCAGGCGUUUUGGUAUGUAGCAUCGCUGAGUAUUUUUACGAGUUUUCCGUGUUUUGACGAGCCCAUAGGGCGAGUCAAAAUACAAACAACGAGUAAAAAUACUAAGCAAUACUUCACACCAAAACGGCAAAUCUAUCAUCCAACUGCAAUACUUUUGAUGCACUUCUUUUAAGGCAGAAAAAGGGAAGCAAACAGAGAAGCGGUUGGUGACAGGUCUUGCGUAAUGCUCGCGUCGGAUUGGCUCAUGAGACGUUAACUUGUCACAUAAGGUUUCAAAACGUUCAACGUCGAAUUUUAUUUUCGAUCGUUGUCAGUCACGUCAUACACAUUUGAAAGUACUGCAACCAAUGAAAGUGUUCGUUUAUCAAUUUAUCGCCAGUAACAAAGCUUUGAAUCUACCGGGAGACAAACUCACAAAGACGCUGAUGAGCGCUGUAUAAGCAUAUGAAAAAGAAUCUCCAAAUCUACAUUUUAUUUUCGUCGUCCGACUCAAUCCGACUCAUUCACAUUCAUGUUCACUUUUCCAAUUAAGUUCGACUAAUUAGGUUCGGCGUUUGAAUCAACUUCGGAACUCAGUUAUUUGGGUCAUCCCAAAUUGGUAUAAGGUUCAGCACAUGUAAAGUUCGACGUUUGAACCGGGCCUAAGUAAAUUUCACUGAUGCGUCGAAUAUUCUGUCACGCCCAUUUCAUGUGUAGUAUCACGUGAUUUUUGAUGUAAACAAACCCCGAAAGUUCGGACAUCGAGUCGAGCUCGCAGCACAUGUAUCCAAACUUCAGCUUUGGAAAUUUUUCUUAAAUAACGUCCCACUUUCAAGAAGCGUGGCUUCGCUCAAAAUUGACAUCUUUCUUUUGUCAUUUAUUGGAUCGUUUAUUAAGCAAGUUGUUAUUUCGCUGCUGUUGAAGCAGAUGCGAAGAAUGUUACAGGAAGCGUUGCGGUAUGGAAUAAUCGAACUAGUUCUGCGUACAGUGAUGUAUCUGAUCAGGUAUUUUCAGGGUGUUUAGUGCGUAGAUCGUCAGAUAAAUCCCCGUCCGACAGGAAAUUAGUGCCCACGAAUCGCUGUAGAACGUGAGGAAGCCUUGAUUCCCAAAAAUAAAACCGAUUUCAACUCUACGAACGUGUACGAUUGAAGUUGUUUAGUAAGUGUAUACCUAAACAUAAUGGUUACGACAAAGAGAUGAGCUUAUGGCAUCUUAAAAACGAUUCACGAUACCUCAACUGCUCGGUAAGAAACGCUAACGGCGACCCAGUCAAGUUUUUCCAUUUUCCGGGGGCAGUUGGACAAAAGGAGAGAAGGCAAAGGUGGAUAAGGUUAUGUCAUCGAGGUGACUCGUUUGUGUGCACGAAGGACAGCUCGAUGACAUAACAUUAUCCACCUUUGCCUUCUCUCCUUUUGUCCAACUGCGAUUCGUGUCAAUUUUGAGCGCUUCUUGAAAGUGGGACGUUAUUUAAGAAAAAUUUCCAAAGCCGAAGUUUGGACACAUAUGCUGCGAGCUCGACUCAAUGUCCGAACUUUCGGGGUUUGUUUACAUCAAAAAUUACGUGAUACUACACGUGAAAUCUAAAGCCCAAAAGGUGAAUUGUGCGGCGCCGCCAAAUCAACAUGUCGGCAUCAUUUUCCGUGUGAAUUGCUCUGAAAAAGGAGCGGUUUUGGUAAAAUUUCCGCACAGCCCCAUACUUCAUUAUGCAUUCAGUUCUUGAAUAGAGAAAACAAUGACAAAAACAAUACAUUUCCAUUGGGAAAACAGAUUUGUAUUACACCAGUACGGGGCUGUGUGGAAAUUUUACCGCGGUUUUUUAAAACAUUUAACGAUAAAAAAUUGCGAUAAAACAUUUCGUAAAAGCAUAUUAAAAAUAUGUUGACGACGUUUCGACGUUUGGCUAACGUCAUUAUCAAGUCAAAGAGUGAAAGAUAAAAAAUGUUUAAACACUAAAAAGACAAUAGAUAAUGGAAUGUUCCGUUUGAAGCCAGCUUAAAUUCUUUUAUUUUCAAGUUUACUCCCCGUGCAAGUGAGAAUUGCUUCCGAACUUAACAAAGGAACAAGCUGGUAAUUUAGUGUUAACAACUGGGUUGAAAACGUAAAUUAGCCACCGUAAAGGGUAAAAGAGCUGACGUUUCGAGCGUUAGCCCUUCGUCAGAGCGAUAUCGUUAAAAAGGUCAGCUUUUUUACCCUUUACGGUGGCUAAUUUACGCUUUCAACCCAGUUGUUAACACUUAAUUACCUGCUAUACUCUCCCACCGACGCAGCACCACAGUUUCUUUAGAAAUUUACCCCUUUAUUCAAAGGAACAAGCUGUUUAAUUGACAAGGUAAGAAAGUAAGAUUACGAACAAGAUAGAAGCUUUGUUAUCGAGUUUUGCAGAUAUCUUUUCGCGAUCGAUUUGCACCGACUUUCAUCGAGAGCAUAAAAGUCUCUUAUUAUGAUGAGCAAUCUGCGAGAAAUAAAUGAGUUAUCACACAGGUUUUUUGAAGAGUAUCUAUAGUGGAUCUUAUCAUCUCUGUUUUUUCCUGCUUAAAGUUUUAAUACUAUACAAAGCCUUAAAAGUUAUCGUAUUACCCGCAUCUUCUAUAACCCGUACCAACAACUGUUUGUGGAAAAAUUAACAGAAUACCUGCGGGUAACUGGCCGGAAAUUACAGUUAUUAUAAAUGAUUUUUUUUUUCUCAGAACGUGAGUAGGCAGUAUUUUUCAAAUCUUGCGAUCUGAUCGAUUCCGUGACUAUAUUGACUACAUAUUUAGCAAAAAUAUAAAUAUAAUGGUUAAGAUAAAACGUUAUGUCUCAAAAGCAACACUUAUUAGUUUGUAGUAUUCUCUUGUAUAUCUUUGUACACUAUGGGGAAAUAAGUAUAAUGUUCUACUGUGUCAAAUCGUAAAAUUACAAAACAAAACGGUUCGUAUCAUAAAUGAUGUUCCUUUAAUGGAUAAAUAACUCUACACUACGUAUCCCUAAGUCUUUUGAAAUUUCCUGAUAUUGUUAAACUGAAAGCAUGUUUGUAUUUUUAUGAUUCAUUUCCACAAUGAAAAGUUUCCUGCUAUACCUGCUUUACUAGUACCUGAGCUACAACUUCAAUACCCGCGAUGCAUCAUCUAAUCAAGUAGUAAUACCCUCAUUUUGAACUAAUUUCAAGAAAUUCUACCCGAGCGUUGUUGGAAGAUUCUUUUGGAAUAGUAUUCCGCAAUUAAUCAGAUACAAACCAUGUAAAAAGAUGUUUAGAAAAGCACUUUUACGCUGGUACCUUGCUCAAAACUAAUAAAACGUCAUCUCUUUGACAAUUUACUGAGCUAUUUUUAUAAGUUUUCCUUUACUUUUCAACUAAAAAUUACAAGUUUUUUUGUUAUACUGACGUAACUUAAGGGGCUCAGAUAGUUUAUUUGAACGUGCCAACUCCUCUCCUUCCUAUAUUUAAUGUGACACAAUUUAAGUGGAGUCAUUUUGUACUGUAAGUCUUCUUUCCUUGAAAAAUUUUUAUUUUUUUUACUUACAUUUCACCUUGUAUCUAAUUCUGUAUUCUAAUUCUGUAUAAAUAAGUAAAUAAAUGCUCGAACAAAAAUCAUUAAAUUAUCCCCCUGGGAGAGAGAGAGAGGGACAUAUUUGCAUAUAGCCAGGAAAAAAGUUGAAGCGAGACCGCACAGGUGUUCUCUCUUAAUUGAUAUUUCAACAUCAGCCAGCGCAAGUCUUUAUCUUGAAACUCGAGCGUUAAGGAGAGUAGAGCUAAAGAGAUGUUUACAAUGAGACGAAUUUUUCGUCGAAUCAACCGGCGAAAGUUUGUUGUACGAGUAUUGGUAUUGAUUAUCGCGAGCACGUUUUUCAUGGGAAAUUUUAUUCAAUAUGGACGCACACGACAACAACACAUGCAACCUCACAGAGAGAGUAAGACAGAAAAAUGCGACUGUAAAAUCGGUAAGUGACUAUGGAUCUUAGAUAAAAAAGAAAUUCACGGGUCAAACAAGAGAAUGACUUCCGCCGUGCAGUGAAACCCACGUAGCAACCAAGAUUUUCAUGACGUGUUUACCGCAACCAAGCGAAAACUAGUUUCUAAUUCAGCUAAGUUAUCGAAAUAUCGAGCCACUUCGGUGGGAAAUUUCAAAUGAACUGACCGUCAAACUUGAUGUAUCGUUUAUAGGCAAUGGAUUCGGCAGUCCAGAUCGAAAAGCGAAAGCGAAAAUAGCCGGCCUUAUUGCUUGAUAAUAGUUUGUCCUGCAUAUCUUGAGUUUGUAGAUAAGAGCACUUUACCAGACAAUGGAUGAAUGAUACAUGAUGUUGAGCAAAUAAGUUUAAUCAGAAGGCUACAUUCCUUGUCUGAAAGUGUCACAAUUUCCUCACAGCCCCAUACUACGUUAUGCAUUUAGUUCUUGGAUAGAGAAAACAAAGAUUUGUUUUACAAUAGUAUGGGGCUGUGCGGAAAUUUUAUCAUUGGACUGAGUGGAGUGCAAUUUGAUUUGUAAGCUUAAAUAUGAUUUCAGACCAAAAUUUUCAGACCAAAAUUGACACGAGGUUCAAUUACCACUUUAUUACAUCCAGUUUGAAAUCGCCCAAAUACAUGACUUGGUCAGUUAAUUUAUUUUAUUGAUGCAGUACUGAGCCAGUUUGAAUUUAAAAAUAAGAGUUUUGGAAACAAAAAUUGCAAAAUUUGCCACAUGAUACUCUUUGUCUUUCAUUUUCCUGCAGUUUGAUUGGUUACUUUAAACAAGCCUUGAAAUCUGAUUGAUUGUUUUGUUUUUAGUGUAGCCUCCUCAUUGGCAGGGAAAAAAGAUGUGAUUUGAAAAAAAAAAAUUGGUGCAAUUUGGGAAUAAAUCCCACCAAAUAAAGGGCCAAUCAGAUUACAGGGACCACCAGUGAUUUAAAAAUGGGUGUAACAAAGAUUACUUAUUCCACAGAGGGUGAAGUUUGAUAAAUCUGCACAAUUGUUCUGUGCCAAAAAUUGCACGAGAAAGUGCCUGUCAUUGUGCAUUUAGAUGGAAAUUUGCAUCUUCAAGUGCGAAGGUUUGAAUAAGCAUAUUGUUAACUGCGAGUAAUGGUCCAUUUUACAGUUAUUUGCUUGGUUGCCAAGCCAUUGAACAGGAGUGAGGCUCUGGGUGACCUUGUUUUGAUACAAACCUUGCUGCUUUUCAAGUGCAAAUUACUUUGUUAUCAUGCUAACUAGAUACUGGUCUCUAUCACAACAAGGUCACCUUCAGCUUCACUCCAAAUCAAAGGCUUGGCAACUAAGUUCACAACUGUAAAAUGGCCCAUUGAUUAUAGCAGUUUGAGUGUUAUUUGUGCAAAAAGCUUAGUUUUAGUUCUUAUUUUAAAUUUAAGUUAAAAAUGAACUCCAAUCUCUAUUUCAAAUUAGCCUAAGAAAAGGGAAACCAAUUUUUUUUUUGGGGGGGGAGCUGGCAUCAGUGUUUGUGAUGGCCUGAUCAUGAUUUUCUUUUUAAUGCAAGUCAGUGCUCAGUGUAAUCGAUUGUCUGUCAGGAAACUUUGCAAACCUCCAUAUGCUUGAUAUUAAUUCAAAUGGCUCUCUUUCUUAAAGACAUGGUGUGGCCUUUUGCUAGCAGCCAUGAAUUAACAUAAGUGUGUGUUCCGCAACAUUUCAGCUUGUCGUUUUUGCAAAACCACUAUUUCUUAUAAUUGAAUUAUGGUUUACUAAAAAUCAUACCACUAAAUGUGAAUAGAGCACUGACAAAUAACUUCACACUCGUUUGCACAUAAAUGACAUCAUACCAAGGUUUACAGGUACGUAGUCAUUUAAAAAGGUAGAUGGCAAACUCUAGACAACUAUAGCUUGACAUUUCGAAAAAAUGUUUCCAAACAUGAAAGAAAAUGGAGACCUUAGAAAGUAACCUAGUAACCUGGCCACACUUUACUGACUUCCCAGCCAUCAAAUUUAUUUGGCAGCUUCCUAAAGUUCUCAAGCACCCACUACUUUGUGGGUGUUUGACACCUCUGUUUUAAACUAGCUUGCAAAUUUGCUUCGUCUCACAGUGAUUCGUUUAGUGGGAAUUCGAAGCCAUAUGUAUGUAUGUGGGUGAGUCGUCAAUUGAACAAGAUUCAAAAUAGCCUCAAUCACACUUGGGAAAAUUUUAAAGGUUAGGUUAUUCAUAGGAAUCUAAAACAGAAUCAGUGUCAUAAUUUCACAUGUACUUUUCCAAGAUGGAAAUAAAAUUUUAUGAUUCCUGGUGAAUAGCUAUUCUUAACUGAACAUGUAGAGAAUGCAAUUAGUAUCCCUAUCGCAUGGCUGGCAGUGAUAGGCAUCAGAAUCCAGAAUUCGCUUCAUAUUACCCACAGGUGCUGCCUGCUAUAUAACAGAUAUGCAAUAAUGACCGAGCAUGAGGUCAAAAUGGCUGGAUCCUAGCCUCGUUCUUUUUUGUGUUUUUAUGGAUCCCGACUUUGAUCUGGUCUAUAAUAAUAAUCAAAGGGCACCUUUGGCCAAUUCACGGAUAAAGUAUUAAAGAGAUAUAUACUUGUGAAGUUGCUAUCUGUAAACUAAGGUGUUAAAAAGAUAGAAAGUAGAACCAUUGUAAGUAUAGAAAUUAUAGUACUUGAGUAUGCGAUGGAAACCCUGAAUUAAUAUUUAAGUGGUAGAAAUGACAAAGAGUGAUGAAGCAAAAUAUCGCGCAUAAUCACUCCAGGCUGACAAUAGCCAUUCCACCUUGCACUGCUUCUGCCGUGGUUGCAGCAUUCCCACAUGCGUAAAGUCCUUGUAACUUAUGGUAAACACACGCAUGUCACACCAAAAACCCGCGUGAAGCAGAAGAGGCCGAUUACUCGCAAUUUCUCGUAGCUUUGAAUUUUCCUUUUGUUUUUCAGUACACGCAUAUGCUUGUAUUUUUUUACACGGUUGCGAUAGAAAUUAAUUGGAAAAGCAUUCCUUGAAUUAGGAAGUCGUGGUGUGUUUUGAGUGAAAAAGAUCGUCAAGUGAUCAAAACAACAUCUGCCAGAUUAUGGUCUCGUGCUUUGCAAAGACUUGUAGAAACCGAUCAUAUUUCAUUUUUACCAUCAAAACAGUCACGUUUGCAUAGAAAAACAACAAAACGAGACGACCAUAACGAAAAGACCGAAAUUGGCGUAGCUGCUGAGAGAAAUAAAACUGUAAAUCAACAUUUUUUUUUUCAAGUCAUGGGUACAUGUUUCUGUGGGAAUUUCCAUCUGAACAGCUUAUUUGAAGAUAAAAAAAACAUCUAUCUUAUAUAUUAGCAAAGUUAAAAAUAUUCUCAAAAAAAAAACAAAAACAAAAACAAAAAAACAAUUUCAAAUUCUUAACAGCUUGCUCUGUUACUCACAAACUCUUCGUGACUAGUCGUUAUGUUUAGCGCAUGGCCGAUUCGAAGACACUUUAAAGUUGGUCUUUAAGUUAAUCAUAGCACUAAUCGGAACAUUCGAGGUCAAUCUCAAUUUAGUAAAUGUCGAAACAGCCGUGUAAAGACAAUAUCGCAACAAUCGAUGCAAUCACGAUGGCGCCAAGACUUCGGACUUCUCCGGAUAGAUAGAUCUCGAGUUCUAAUUACGAUUAAUUACGAAGAGUCCACGUCAAUUUGCAUAUCCCAAAGUGCCCCGCAACAACUCGUUUCUACGCUAUCGCGUAUCCACGAGUAAAACGAGAAAAGGAAAAAGAAGCCAUUUUGACCUCACACUUGGUCAAAACACAUAAUAUAGAACUGGUUUGUAUUUUUAUUUGUUUAUUUGUUUUGUUGUGCUUUUUUUCAUCAAUAGGAAACCAAACUAAACAUCUCCCUUCCAGCAUUGAAGUCCCUGUUGAAAAGGGUACGUAUUUUGAUUAAGACCGCCACUUAAUUUUGCUCUUCUCUCUCUGCUGCUGUCACUCCCUCUUAUUAUAAAACUACAAAACUAGAUGUUUGGCUAUUUGGCGAUGUAGUGCCUCAGUAAGUAACCAACGUUUUAGAGUAACUAUGACGCCAUGCUCUGAGCAACUAAAAAGUUCUCUUAAGACAAUUUCAUUGUUGAGGCAAAUAAACAUUAUAAUAGAAAUGAUGGUCAGUAUUCUGAGAAUCACAGUACUCGCGUAUCAAGUUUGUCUCAAAUCCAAUCAGACUUCCUACGAGUGCAGGUGUUCUUGUUGUCGUUUGAGCCUGCUAAUGGCGAGCAUAGUUGGGCUGCUCGAUAUUGUUUACAAAAAUAAAUGUUCGGUUUUCUUAUCUUGUUGUUAUUUUUAUUUUUUCCUCGUUCAUUAUAAAACAAAGCUGACCAUCGCUAUCCCAGCAGUGCGUUUCCUACUACAAAGGGUACGUAUCAUCCUUACUUUUUAUUUUUUCAACCAUCACGGAGGCUAAUGCCUUCUCAAGUUUUCUCCGCAUAAUUUCGUGCAGAAAAUUUGUCAUUUUUCAUAUAAAAUCUAUGAGUGCUAUUCGCCGGGCUGUCUUUUUUCCUUCGUUUCCUUCUUUUUCACUGGAUAAUUUGGAGGUAUUUGAAGAUGCUGUGUUCGUUAAAUCUAACCACACUUAUUGCGUCAAUUUCUGUGUUACCUUGGUGUUGCAUCCGUUAUUUUGUUUCUACUACGCAUGUCCCAAAGGCGUUUCUCGAAAUCGAAUUGCAAAAAGGAUAAGUUUAAUGGUAGAUGUAAUUGAGUGUACGGAAAAUGAUGAUCUUAAGCAGUACCGGAUGUCGUAGUUGGUGGGAUUCCGCGCACACAAAAAACCUAUUCUCACCCCAGUUGAGUGAAACACAGUGGCAUCAGCUCUUUACUAAUUUAUUUUUCAGUAUCUUACUCAGAGCGUAUGCUUGAUGGACGACAUUGCUAAGAUGCGCGUACCGUGAAGGAUUCGCGAUAGCAAAGCCCAGAAUUUGAUUUAGUUAUCUCCUUUCCAUUUUUCUUGAUAGAAUCAAGAAACCUUGGUGACAUCAACGGUUCCGUGGUGAAUGAAACCGAGCAUUUAUGGAGUCCUGACAAAGCUAGUCAUUCUCUUUGUCCCAGCAGUGAAUACAUGAGAAGUUCGGGGGUAAAUAAACUCGGGCGAUAUCCUUCUGCAAAAAGUACGUAUAUGUUAGGAUCAGUCGACUUAAAUAAUCCAUUUGAUACAAAUUUUAUUACAACGUAGAAUAUCACUUUCGGAGAUUGUCCUCAGUAUUUUCAUUUGAAAAUGAUGCUUUUUGCUAUGAGUGGUGGGUUCAGGAAUUGGCUGGUGUCAAAAAUUGCCAUUUCAGAGACUAUUUCUUCAUAGGCUGGUAUCACUAAAACUCGCAAAAAUGUUUCUUGCCAAGUUUCGACUUAAGCCACAAUUCAACCAAGAGGAUUUUUAACUGAUUUUCAUGGAAAUUUAUAUCUGCUACAAGGAAGGACUACAAAUUGGAUCUUGGUAGCUAAAGCUUUCAAAUUGACUCAAGAGUUCCCUCUCGUUUACUUUCAGAGCACAUGACGAUUGGUUUAACGACAAUAACCAGACCUAAUGGAGUAAACUAUCUUUCCGAAACGAUCCAAAGUUUAUUGGACAACAUGAAUGACGAAAACAGAAAGCAGACAUAUAUAGUUGUAUUUCUCGCAGACUUUGAUAAAGGAGCGAAGCAGGUUACCAUAACCAACCUUUCAAAGCUCUUUCACAAAGAAGUGGAAGACGAUAUUUUGCAUGUAAUCGAAACAUCGCCAAAAUAUUACCCCCAGCUUACGAACCUAAAGAAGAAAUUUGGAGAUUCAAAAACCAGAAUCUACUGGCGUUCAAAACAAAACAUAGAUUUCGCAUUUCUUAUGUGUUAUUGCCACGAACUUUCUAACUUCUACCUUCACGUCGAAGAUGACGUCAAAGCAUCCCCGAGUGUAUUUCAUAAGCUGCAAGGAUUUAUUUCAUCUCAAAAAAAGGCUUGGCCAAUACUUGACAUCUCUUUCAUGGGUCAUACUGCAAAAGUUUAUCACUCAGAGGAUCUCAGGAGUAUGGCGUCUUAUUUCUAUCUUUUGUACGCUGAAAUGCCAGGCGAUUGGCUAAUAAGAUAUUGGCGUAUGGUUAAAGUUCCUGACAAUGCACAAUUGAUUUUACCAGUGGCUUCUUUUUUUCAACACCAUGGUGUAAAGUCAUCUCUAAAAGAAAAGAGUUGGCCGGUUAACGCUACUUAUGAUAGAUAUUUUGAUGUACACGAUCAUAAAUAUUGGGGAAGAAACCCCUCUGCAAAAGUUUCCUCGUCGAUAAAACCCAAUCAAGGGAAACCUCAAGAUGCUUACGAAGGUGGCUCUGGAUACUUUUGGGGAAGAAACGUUAAGCGCGAUGACCAGGUGACUGUACAGUUCAAUUCUGUCGUUAAUGCAAGCAAAGUGUUUGUAGAUACUGGCUCAAAUCUAGCUAUGAAAGAUUUUCUGAGGUUUGGUGUCUUACAAGCAAGCUUCAGUGUCUCUGGUACAAGCUCGUCGUCAUGUGGAAAGUUUGACACAGUUGUCUCAUUUAGAGAUGGCAGAGCUCAAGCUACUUUCAACAAAAAGAUUGAUUGUUUACGAAUUUUGGUUACCAAUGAUCAAAAUGAGUGGCUGUUUCUGAGGGAAAUAGAUGUUUGGGAAGCGAAAUGA